UCUCUUUAAAGUUCAAACCGUAGCUUGACUCUUCCCUACCAUCGAUGACCAUUGCCGACGAGUUUCACUUCCUGUUUGCCGAUGAGUUUAGCUUCCUGUUUGUUAACAUGUGUUGGGUGUCCUAUCUCUCAAAAUCCGACCCACCCAACCGAAGAAUCGAGACAAACGGUUUCAUCUGACCAUUCGGUCAACAACGGGUGAGAAAUCUGUUCACCCGACCUAAGCGGGUCAAGUGACGGUUUGACCCCAAACCCGAUCCGCCCGAUCCGUGGACAGCCCUAGUUUCCUCGGGCAUAUGCGUGGUGAAUGUAUCGUGUUUUCAAAAAGAUGAUGGUUAUUGCAAGAUUACAAUGUCAUGGUUUAGUAUUUUGGCUCCGGAGAUCCUGUUCUACACCAUCAUCUUCUUCCUCGAGAGACAGAAUCAAUCAAUCUCCGUUUGCUGUCUUGAAACUUCCGACAAGAACUUUCUGUACUGCAGCCAGAUGUAUGGAGGAUUUAAUAAGCACCACCCGUUACAUCACUUGGUCCCUCCACAAUAAGAAUCGGGGUGGGUUACGUCAAUUUUUAGACUCUUUUGGAGGAACAGAACAGUCCAACACAGGUGGUAAUCCUUUGUUUGCUGGUCUCUCCCCUGAUUCAUCAUUGGGAUCCGUUGCCUAUGAGAAGCAGGACUCUAAGCCAAGGGCAGAUGUAAAGCUCAGUCAUCUGGCCUUGGGUUCUGACUCAAGCUCUUCUAUCCAGACAUCAGAAACAAAGUUGGCUGAUCUUCUAGAUAGUACACUUUGGAAUCGGAGGCUUGCUCCAUCAUCUGAAAGGAUUGUUUAUGCUUUGGUACAACAGAUAUUUCAUGGCGUAAGAGAAUAUUUCUUGGCAUCUGCAGAGUUAAAGUUCAACUGCUUCCCUUUAAUGCCGGUUGUAGACAAGUUGCCUGCACUCCUCCGAGAGGACUUGGAAUCUGCUUUUGAAGACGACUUGGAUAAUAUUUUUGACAUCACUAACUUACAACACUCAUUAGGCCUGCAGAAGCGAGAUACAGAGAUUGAGCUGAAAAGGAUUAAGAGGCUUAAAGAGAAAUUCAGACAAAUACAUGAGCAGAUUAGUUCACACGAAGUCAUGACAAAGCCAUCCACGGAUUCAACGAAGUGACCCUGAUCCAAAAUACUGCUGAAUACAUCAGAUGUGUGAGAUGACAUUAUUCAUUUGUUAGUUUACUGUUGACGCUUCUCCAUUAUAUAAUUCUGAAAGAAGAAUGAUCUGGUAGUCAUUACAAGAAUUUCUUAUAAGCUUACUAUAUAUGAAAUAUCUUUAGUUUGCUUCUUAUUA